AUGAAAUUUACUGAGCACAAUAGCAUUCUAACCCUCUCAGCCGAUGUGGGUGAAGUCAGGGUUCAUGACUUCCAGCAACGGAGCAUGCAUGGGAACGCCACCGCCGCCUCUUUGUCAAGAAGGGUGAAGGAGGACCUGCUGAAACGUGCCUUCGUCGUCCUGAAGGCUCGCGCAGCCAAGAACUGCACGAAAGCUCCAGAGGCCCGAGGCGGCUUCGAAGCUCGCAAUAAGGCAGAGCUGUUGCUGUGGCAGCGAUCAUUUCAGAGUGUGCCUAAAAAGCCUGGGAGCGGAAGGAGGCGCAAUGAGCUGAACCUGUCCGUGCAGUGUGGGGCAGAUGGGGUAGAUUCGCAGGGAGUCCAGGAGGAAAGAAGGGGACGUCGGGAGAUCUUUCACAGGCCAUUAUCGCUUGUGUGGUCAUGA